UUGUUCUUUAAAGAAAUCAUAACCUUUUAACAAUUUUUAAGUGUGUCUAGCAUUUCCACACGUAAAUUUUGGAAAGAACAACAAAACUUUUCGUGCUUAGCACGAACAGGAUAUGACUUUCCUACUGGCCAGGUCAUAACUACAGGCGACAAUGAUAUAAGAAUCCGCUAUUGCCUCGUCCCUCCCUCCCAUAAAUGCAAUCCUCUGUGCUUAGCACCAUGUCAACCGAAACUGCAUCCUCCGAUCUCACCAUCAACCCUUUGGAACAUCUCCAGGUCACCCUCAAUCCCGAUGGCACCCUCAACCGCGACCGCCGCUUCAUACCGGUCACCUCCGCCGCACCCAAUCCCACCUCUCCCACCAGUCCAGUCCUCUCCAAGGACGUCCCCAUCAACCCUGCGCACAACACCUGGGCCAGGAUCUUCCUACCCCACCGUGCACCGUCGUACUCCAAGGAGAAACUCCCCCUCAUAGUUUACUACCACGGCGGGGGAUUUAUCCUCUACAGUGCCGCUUCGACGGUGUUCCACGAGUUUUGUGUCACUCUGGCGAGCGAGCUCUCUGCUGUCGUCGUGUCGGUGGAGUAUCGCCUCGCCCCAGAGCACCGGCUCCCCAUGGCGUACGAUGACGCGGUGGAGGCGCUGCACUGGGUUAAAGCCACCCGAGACGAGUGGCUUGUGGACCACGCGGAUCUCUCCACGUGCUAUCUCAUGGGCACCAGCGCGGGCGCAAACUUGGCCUUCCAUUCGGGGCUGCGUGCAUCCGCGUCGCACGGCGACCUCAAACCGUUGAAGAUCCGAGGGCUGAUACUGCACCACCCCUUCCUCAGCGGCACCCAGAGGACGCCGUCAGAGCUGAGGCUGGCGAACAACAAGAUGCUGCCACUGGUGGUCAACGAUUUCAUGUGGGAGAUGUCGCUGCCGGUUGGUGUUACUCGCGACCACGUGCACUGUAAUCCAAUGGUGGACGGUGGCUCCAAGCUCUCGGAAGGAGUGGGUAAGAUGAGGUCACUGGGGUGGAGGCUACUGGUCAUCGGCUGCGACGGAGACCCGCUAAUCGAUCGACAAGUGGAAUUCGCGAAAAUGUUGCAAGAGAAGGGAGUGAGUGUGGCGAGGGAUUUCACGGAGGGUGGACAUCAUGCGAUCGAGGUCAGGGAACCGGACGAGAGGAAGCCUCUGGUCCAAACCUUAAAGAGUUUCCUGUCGACGACUGUGACUGAUCAGGGCGUGGUCCGUCCACCGGAUGGGAUCUCCACGCAAAAUGUAGCCUGAGAUUUCUCUUUGUUUAUCACGUUGUAUGAAAGUGAAAGGGUUGCGACGGUUCUAGACCUCUCGAUCGUGCAUGCAGUUAUUUCUCGCCUGUAUUGGAGCCCUAUCGCCUUUAAGACUUGAGUAUACAUCUAAUGAACAAUGUGGUUUCUCGUUGGUUCACUA